UAAACAAGCCGAGUUGAUGAUACCACUCGAUAUUGUGUGCAAUAGUUUUUUUUGGAUGAUGAAAUACACCGAGCGAAAUGUUUUUUUUCUCUCCAUAACGUUUUAAAGUAUUUUAUUUAGUCUUCCAAUUCUUAAAUUAAUACAUUAUGGGUGUCCAAGGCUUAUGGAAAUUAUUGGAAUCCGCCGGAAAACCGAUUCCCGUUGAAAAGUUGGAGAAUAAAGUACUGAGUAUCGAUGUUUCAAUAUGGCUGUACCAAAUAAUUAAAGGUGUUCAAGAAAAUGAACAUGGUGCUACGACAAAUGGACAUUUAAUUGUAAUGUUUCAUAGAAUAUGUAAAUUAUUGUUCUAUGGUAUUAAACCAAUAUUUGUAUUUGAUGGCGGUGUACCAGAGCUUAAAAAAAUAACUAUUGCUCAAAGACAAGCUCAAAAAAACCGCGCCAAAAAAUCAACUGGAAAGACCAAAGAAAAAUUACUGAAGAAUAUGUUAGAACAGGCUGCCUUAAAAACUGUUAUGAAUGCUCAAAAUGCAUUGACUGAAGAUGAAGUGAUCUCAAAAACUGUUAGCAGUUUGAAUAAAGGAGCCGAAAUCGAUUUGUUUGAGCUACCAAAAUUGGCAGAACCUAUUGAAAUAGAAAAAACUAAAAUACCUAUAAAAGAAAAAGAUCGGACAUACUUGAAUUUGUCAAAGGAAAAAAAUGAAAAUAUUCUACUAUUGGCAGUAGAAAAUCAGAACCACGAUUGUUUGUAUGCAAACAUUGCAAAGGACAAGGAAACAAGUUCUCCAAAGAAAUUAAAUGCAUUUUCAUCUAUGCAAAUUGGUGACCUUUUAAAUGGGUUUUCAGAAGAUCAAAAAAAAAGGACAGAAAAAAAAAAUCAACAAAAAUCGAAGCAUGAAAUGACACUUAAUGAAUUAGAAAUGUUUUUGAACAAUGACAGUGGAACUAUUAAUAAUAUUGAUGAAUUCAGUCAAAACAUUGAUUCUGAUCAUGAUACCGUUUUUUAUUAUGAGUCUGGUAUUAACAAAUCAGCCAAAACAAGUAAUUCAGAAAAUAUUGAAAUGCCUAAAAAGACAAAAACUUCAAAUGUUGAAAAAAGUUUUAAAACUGAAUCGAAAAAUACAAGCCAAAAGAUUUUUACUACUGAUACUAUUGGAUCACCUACUUUAACAGAAGACAUUGAUGAAGAUAUUUUUAAAGCACUUGCUGGUGAUGAAUCCCUCGAGGAAGAUAGAUUAGCUUGGCUUAUCUUCAAUGAGAAUAAAAUAGCUAGUAAAAGACGAUCAAGUGAAUUUGAGUCACCAAAUAUAAAAUAUCCUCAACCUGAUAUAGGUUUUAGUAGCAGUUCAGAAGUAUUAACAUCAGAUAUGGAAGAAGAUGUAACUAUAAAAAAUAACAAAGUUCCGACCAAAAAAUAUUCUUCCAGAAGUAUUUUUAUCACAGAAGAUAAUGUGUCAAAUGAAAAUGUAGAUAAUUUUAACGAAGAAGAUUAUCUGUCAUGGGUUUCACAUACUAAAGAUGAACCUAGUCAAACAAAAUUGGAAAACAAGGAUCCAAUUAUUAAUCAUCAAGAUAUUCCAUCUACAAGCAAAUCUUCUUCAUUUCUAGGAAAUGAAAAUAAUGUAUCUAAUAAAAAAAAUAAUAUUGUGGAUCAACAAAAUAUCAAUGAGUCAAUAUAUUUCGCAUCAGAAUCUAUGAAAACACAAGAAUUUAACAUGUUUAGUAAUGUUUCAUCCUCAAUUGAAUCCGACAAUUCAAAUGGCUCUUUUUCUGAAAAUUCUGUUAAUUUUUCACCCGAGGAAAGCUUAUCUGAAGAUGAUAAUAUAAUAUUACAAGAGAAUCAAAACAAACAAAAAGUCAAUCAAAGUUUUAAAAAAGAGUCAGAUAUUCCAAUAGUUGCUAAAAAUGAAUUUAAAGAAAUGAAUUCAACAAAAAAAGUUGUCGACAAUCAAAACAAACAAAAAGUCAAUCAAAGUUCUAAAAAAGAGUCCGAUGUUCCAAUAGUUGCUAAAAAUGAAUUCAAAGGAAUAAAUUCAACAAAAAAUGUAAUUAGAGAAAAAUUUAAUUCUCCAACAAAAUUAAAUAAAAUAUCUACAAAACGGCCCGAACCUGACAAUCCAACAAGUUCUAUGAAUGAACAAUAUUAUCAGUCCAUACAAGAUACAUUAGUUAAGCGUCAAAAUGAUUUGGCUAGUUUACAAAGAACAUCUGAUCGAAUGGCUUCUUCUGUAACACAAAAAAUUACAUCAGAAAUAAAGGGUCUCUUGAAGUUGUUUGGUAUACCAUAUAUAACAGCACCAAUGGAAGCAGAAGCACAAUGUGUUUUUUUAGAAAAAAUGGGACGAACAGAAGGUACUGUGACAGAUGAUAGUGAUGUAUGGUUGUUUGGUGCUAAUGUUGUUUAUAAAGAUUUUUUUGACAGCCAAAAAUAUGUUAAACAAUUCAAAAGUAUCGAUAUUAAACAACAAUUUGCUUUGUCUCGAAAUAGUUUUAUUCAAUUAGCAUUUCUUGUGGGAAGUGAUUACACAAAUGGUAUUGAUGGGAUUGGUCCUGUAUCUGCUAUUGAAAUUUUAUCUUUUUUUGAAACCGAGACUAAAAAUAUGGGCCUUGAAGAAAAAUUACUUAAAAUUAAGGAGAUUGCCAACUCAAAAGCUGAAGUAUACUGUGAUAUACCAUUUAUAAAAAAAUUAAAAUCAACUAAAAUUGGAAAUGAUUUUCCUAAUAAAGCUGUUAUUAAUGCAUAUCUCCACCCAAUUGUAAAUGAUUCAAAUCAAAGCUUUAGUUGGGGUACACCCCAAAUUGACUCAAUUGUUGAAUUUGCUCAAACUAAUUUUGAUUGGGAUGUUUCUAAAACGAAAAGCAAAUUAGCUCCAGUGUUAAAAAAAGUUUCUGAACGGACAACUCAAACAACAUUAGAUUCAUUUGUCAAAACUCUUCCCCAAUUGAGCAGUACAAAUACUGCUAUGAGUAAACGUGUCAGUCAAGCUGUGAAAAGGUUACGAAAUGAUACCAGUUCUGUUGAAUCUAAUAAGAAAUCUGGUAGUUCUAAAAUAUCAUUUACUGACUCAAAUGAUAUUACAGAUAAAAAACGUAGGAGAAAUCUAAAAUAAGUGUUUAUUUAAUUGUCAUAGGAAAUGAAACUGUGCCAAAAU